AGGCCCAUUACAAACUUCUCUCAAAUUUACAGGGACACAGGAGUACACACUUACACACAUGUAUUUAUCAAAAACUAAAAAAAAUACAAAUGGAGGAGAUUACUACUACAAGUCUUCAUCUUUACCAUUAUACAUACACAACAUUAUCUCUAUUUCUCAUCUUCACAGCUCCAACCCUAGCCCCUCAAGCCCCCUUUUCUCUAUCAUUGAUUUUCUCAAUUCAAAUUCAAGAAUUCAUCAAGAAACAGCAUUAUCCUUGGCAGCUGAUUGAACUACAGGGAACAACCAACAGAGUAAUUUGUCCUUAAAUCAGUAUCUGAUGGAUGAAUAUGGUAGUACACGGCUCGAUGGUAUUACAAACGCAGUGAGAAGAAAGAGAAGCCAAACUUCUCGUCGACCUAAACCAGAAUCACUGUCAUCCUUAUCCUCUACACCUCCCUCGGAGGAUAUAGCCAAGGCCUCCAGUGAUGAGAAUACUGGUUAUGAUGGCAGUUCCAAGAGGAAAACUUUUAACCUUAAUCAGUGUAUUUCUAGGUCCUCAGCGUCGAGAGUAGAUGGUGAAACUGCAUUUCAGAAGAUGGAGGGAGAAUCAGGCAUCUUAUAUGGAAGUGGAGGUUUGGAGGAUGAUAAUGUUACCGGGCAAGGACCGAAUGAAGGUGUUAAUUUCUCAAGUAAGCAGCCAGAUGUGGUUGUACAUGAACCCAAGUUCAAAAAAGUUAAGCUUAAGGUUGGUGGCGUCACUCGUACCAUUCAGACUUCUCAAGCUACAUCAGAAAGUGGAUCUUCUACAAAGAGUGUACGACUUCCAGAAGCUCCCCGGCCACUGCAGAAACAGAGUCUUCAGGAUGAUUUGGAUGACGACAAUUUUCCUACUUCAGGUAAGCCGUCUGGCUUGCGAGGAAUUCCGUGGAAGGAUUUCUCAAGAGUUGGAUUUACUCUUAAAAAGGAUGACCAUUCUACUGGAACAAACAAAGAACAAAGAGUGAAGUCUGAUCUACAAAAGAGCAAGAGAGAGUCAAAGAAACGUGAUAUAAGUGGAAUGUUUAAUGAUGAUGAUGAUGAUGAAGAUGAUGAGAUCCGAUACUUGGAGAAGCUUAAAACUUCUAGAGUUUCAGGGGGACUGAAAGAUGUGGGGAAAGAAUCGAGCUCAAAACAUAAAAGUCUAUCAAGGGUUUCAAAAGGUGCAAGGUAUGAAAGUUUGAAAGAUUUUGGCCAUUCAAAAUCGGGUAAAGAUGGGAAGAAGAAUAGAUCAGAUGGACUGUCGGAUGAUACAGAUUAUGAGGAAGAACUAUUAUCUGAUAGUGAGCUUGAGGGUAGGGAGCUUGAAGGUAGAAAGAAGAAGAUCCCAAGGAAAGAUUCCCCUGAUUUGCCAACAGAAAGUAAGAGGGAAUUUGCUCUUACAACGCGUCAACGAGCCCGUCUCAGUGGGAAGGACUCAUCUUCUCUGUCUGCAUCAAAUUCAAUUGAGUUCCCAAACGGUUUACCGCCGCCGCCACCCCGAAAACAAAAGGAGAAGCUCACAGAAGUGGAACAGCAAUUGAAGAAAGCGGAAGCUGCUGAGAGACGUAGAAUGCAUAAUGAGAAGGCUGCCCGGGAGUCAGAGGCUGAGGCGAUCAGGAAAAUACUUGGUCAAGAUUCUAGUCGGAAGAAGCGAGAGGAUAAGAUAAAGAAGCGCCAGGAAGAAUUGGCUCAGGAAAGGGCUGCAAAUUCACAGACUCUUCCUCCAAACACUGUUAGAUGCGUCAUUGGUCCAACUGGAACAAGAGUGAUAUUCUCAGAGGAUAUUGGUUUGCCUCAUAUAUUUGACCCCAAACCGUGCAGUUACCCCCCUCCGCGGGAAAAAUGUGCUGGUCCGUCUUGUGAUAAGCCAUACAAGUAUCGAGAUUCCAAAUCACGGGUUCCUCUCUGCAGUCUCCAGUGCUACAAGGCAGUUCAUGAUAAUUUGCAAGCCGAAACUGCUUGCUAAUGCAUCACUGCAUCUUUCACUGGACGCAAAUAUUACCUCACAUUUAAAUCAAAAAAUAUGUGAUGAAUAUCAUCUGUGAUGUUGUUUUGUAUUCCUAUAUAAUUUGUCAAUAAAGAUCACAAGGAUUGCUUAUGUUUAUUCCUAUAUGAUGCAUUUUGAAGUUAA